CAAGAAUACAUAGUGCACAAAGGGAGUCAUGCAACGAGAAAUUUUUUCCAUCCAAGCGUAGACCAUUCUGCAGAAGACUUUCUUCCCAAAAUAGAGCUUCUGAGAGGAGAAAAAGGUGACCAAGGGAUUCCAGGACCGCCUGGACCUGUCGGACCUAAAGGCGAAAAAGGGGAAUGUUCUUGGAUUGGAAAUCCUCGAUGGAAGAGAACGGAUAAGAGAGAAGACUGGAUAUUUCCAGACAUUGGAUCUGGAGAAGGUCCUCCCACUGACUUUCCAUCUCCUUGGGACAUAGAAGAACCAGAAAACUGCUACUGCAACAUAUCUGCUUUGGAUUUACCGUCUGGACCCCCUGGUGAAGAUGGAAGAGAUGGCAUACCAGGAAUUCCUGGGCAACCAGGAAUGCCUGGACCACCAGGUGAUAUGGGCUUACCAGGUUUUCCUGGACAGAAAGGUGAAAAAGGCGCAACUGGAACAACAGGUGAGCCAGGACCUAUUGGACCAAAAGGAGAGCCUGGACUUGAUGGAAUUCCUGGAGCACCCGGUGCAAGGGGACUACCAGGCCCACCAGGACCACCUGCGUCAAGUCAAACUCACAUAGCAACAGACAUUUUUGGUGUAAUAAAUAUUUUUUUAGGUGGCAGACUCAGUGACUCUGGAGAUGGGCCUUUUGCUUCCUAUCUAGGGCGCCAAGGUUCUCCAGGCAUACCUGGAUCGCCAGGCAUCCCUGGACAUAGAGGAGAACGUGGUUUUCCCGGGCAAAAAGGAGAAAAAGGAGAUUUAGGUCCUCGAGGACUGAAAGGUGACAAAGGUUCGCCUGGGACUAAAGGAGCUAAAGGAGAACACGGCAUUUCCGGACCUCGUGGAAUGGCUGGCAUACCAGGCCACGAUGGAAUCAAAGGUGCAAAGGGAGACAGAGGAGCUCCUGGCGUAGGUCUUCCGGGUCCUAGAGGGCCGCCUGGUCCACCUGGCCCUAUUGGAUUGUACGGUAUAAGCAAAGGAUCUUUUGGAAGUGAUUUCGGUGAUGAAGAGAGAACAAUGAUCGUUUCUAAAGGAGAUAAAGGCGAUAAAGGGAACGAUGGAAAAUUAGGAGCUACAGGCCCUGAGGGUCCUAAGGGUGAUAAAGGUGAUCCGGGAUUGGAUGGAAGACCAGGAGAUGCAGGACCGAAAGGAGAUGUUGGACCACCUGGAAGUCCUGGACCCAUUUCACACAUCGCUCCGGAUGGUACUCUAAUUAUUGAAGAAAAAGGAGAGAAAGGAGAGAGAGGUAGAAGAGGGAAAAGGGGACCUCCUGGACCACCAGGACCUCCAGGAGAACCAGCACUCAUUAGUGAUUUACCCGGAUUUCCUAAAGAAUUCGUCGUACAACAGGGCCGUCCAGGAGCACCAGGACAUCCCGGUCAGAAAGGAGAACCGGGGGAACCCAUUAAAGGAGAGAAAGGAGACAGGGGCGAACCGGGACCACCUGGUUCUGGUGGAUAUAUUAAUCAAGAUGGGUUGGAUAUCAUGACAGAAAAUUUAGUCAAAGGAGAAAAGGGAGAGAAAGGAGACAGGGGACCAGUUGGCCCUCAAGGAAGUCCAGGAAUACCAGGAAUCCCAGGAGAAACUGGACCUCUAGGUCUGCCUGGCAUGAAAGGAAUUAAAGGAGAUAUGGGACCACCAGGAGCUCCAGGUCUUGUUUCUUACAUUGAUAAAUCUGAUGAUAAAUUCAUUUAUGUUCCAGGACCACCCGGACCUCCAGGUCCUCAAGGUCCAAUGGGAAUUUCAAUACCUGGUCCACCUGGUCCUCCUGGUCCGCCGGGAAUAGCUAAUCCAUGGAUUAACGCAAGCAAUGGAAAUGGGAAAAAAGAACCUUUAAACAAUGAUAAUCCUAUUGCCGAUAGCAAUCAAGGUCAGAUUGAGAUGCUUAUUGGUGCUCAGUUAGCAAGUAAACUCAUAAUAGGUGUUUAUAUGAUGUUAUCAUGUGGACCGUCAGCAGAUGAGAUCAAAAGAACAUUUGGAAUAAAAGAACUGAAGGCUCUUCUGAAAUCAGAAGGGUUUCCGACUACGAAAGGACCAGCAGGUCCUCCAGGUCCCCCUGGACCUCCGGGUCAUGCAUCGGCAAAUGAAGAUGGAAAACGAAAUCAGCCAACUGUAGUUCCCGGGGCGGUGACAUUGAAGAACGUGGACUCUUUGCUUCGAGUUUCUGAUACAAGUCCUUUAGGAACACUUGGUUUUGUUCUGGACGAGGAGACUCUUUUAGUGCGAGUGAGUGGAGGAUGGCAGUACGUUGCGUUAGGUUCUUUAGUACCUCUUCCAUCGGCUACAACAACGACAACAACAACCACACCUGCUCCUCUCAACCCUCCUGUUGGGACUAUGAAAGCGGAUAAUACACCCAGGCUGAGAAUGGCUGCUCUGAACCAGCCGUAUACUGGCGACAUGCAUGGCGUUCGAGGAGCAGAUUACGAAUGCUACAGACAAUCCAGAAGAGCAAAUUUCCGAGGGACUUUCAGGGCAUUUUUGGCGUCCCGCGUACAGAACCUGGACAGCAUUGUUCGCCAUAAGGAUUCAGAUUUACCCAUUGUUAAUAUAAAGGGCGAAGUGCUAUUUAAUUCUUGGAAAGAUUUGUUUGCCGGUACUGCUGCACCAUUUUCCUAUCCUCCUAGAAUAUAUUCCUUUGACGGGCGAAAUGUUUUAACUGACAAUGCAUGGCCCCACAAACUUGUAUGGCAUGGAUCCGAUCGUUUGGGGGUGCGUGAGAUGGAAGCCUACUGCGAUGCUUGGCAUUCGGAGAGCACAACGAAAGUCGGUGUUGCCAGUUCCCUUCAGCGACAUCGGUUGCUGGAUCAAGAGAAGCACCCCUGUGACAGAAGUUUUAUUGUUCUCUGUAUCGAAGCAACGAGUCAAGACGACUUUAGAAGACGGCGCAGGAGCAAUGGUGGAUUCCCGUUGAAUCAGCGAGAAUACGAAAAAAUGCUGCACACUUUGACUAGAUCGUGAGAAGAUUACCUGUACACUUUUCAUGAAUAUCAUUGCCUGCCCUUAAGCUCAACUUUAAAAAAAAAAGUGUCCCAUAGUUCUGGAACACUCUUAAUAUUUAGGUUUAUUUUAUACAUUUAGUACCCUCAUUCUAAGACCCACUGUAUACAUUUGAAUAACAGUUACACAGGAUUCGCUGCUCAUUUCUCAAUCCUCAUUUUUGGCUUUGAUGUAUUAUAUCGAAAAAAUAGCUAAAGAGUUAUCCAGUAACGUGCACUAUGGUUGAGAUUUGCAUCAAUCUUCCUGUUUAUUACAGACUUAUGAGGACAAAACUUUUUGUGGGUUUCAAAAACUUUCAAAACAACUAAUUAAAAAUAAUUAAAAUUAAAACUGUGUUGCUAGAGAGAUUAUGAACUACAGCAGAGAUUUUGAGUAAACGUUUCUAGAGUUUAAUAUUCGUAGAGUGCUAAAAAUAUUUUUGAAAAGUUUUUUUUUUGCGGCUGUAAUGGGUUAACUGCCAUAUCAGUCAAUUAAAGAUAAGCCUAUUAUUCUGGCUUCAAACAAAAAUUUUAUAAAAAUUGAAUAAAUACAAAUUUAAUGACAAUUCAUUCGUAACUUUAAUUUGUUAGCAGCAUUUUAAGCGAUUUCUAGUAGAUGAAACUUUUGAGCUAAAAUUUUAAUGGAGUUCAUUACUUAAUUAAUUCCUUCUCUGUGCUUUCAGGUUAGCUUUGAUUUCAACAUAAAAUUGACUUUACUUUCUCUAUUGCUUUUCAGAUAUGUAUAAGUCUUAGUUUGGUUUAUAGAGAUCUCUAAUACCAUAUAGAAUAAUAAGAAGGGGAAAAGUAGCAGUGAAGACAGUGCACAUAUAAAAUCAAAUCUGACAGUACUAUGCUUCGUCAUCUCGAAAAUUUAUUCUAAAAUAAAAUUAAAAAGAUUGCAUGUUUUUUAAAUAAAUUGCUCUAAAUAAAUAUGAUAAUUCGCUGUAAUAAUAAUAAUACCAAUUGAAAGCAUUUUAAAAAUUAUUUAAUGAUAUGAUUCUUAAGAGCAAGCAAUGAUGAAGAAUAGCUAUAAAAAUAUUCGAAAAUGAUAUUAUUUGGAGUUACUAUCAAAAAAAUGGCACAUGAAGUACAUUAAAUUCAUCGUGAAGAUUCGAGUAUAUUUAUGCAUUCUUGUAUUUUAGAAAUGUGUGUUAUAAAAGUGUCAAAUAGUCUUGAUAUUCCUUUUUCAAUUAUGAUGUAACGCAGAGCUGAAUUUGUAUUUUUAACUUAACCCACUUGAAAUUUCUUUUGUAUCAUAUCAUGGACUAAUUUUCUUAUUGCACCUCAUUGGUUAGAGUGGAAGAUUUACAUAAAUAAAACAUCUCAAUGAAAAAGGAUAGCGAAGGAAUUGAAAAAAAAUUCAUUUCUUAAAUUCAUGAAAUUUCACAGCUUUAAAAAUUGAACUGAAACAUUUACAUUUUAACAUCAGUGUUUUCUACUUCAGCAGUAUUUAAUAUGGGGAAAAAUGAUUUACUACGUAACUAAGUAUUACGGAAUUUAAAUUUCAAGUCCGAUUAAAUGUGCAAAUGGAUUUAUUGUAAGAAUUACAUUAUAUAAAAAUUGCGAUCUGUUUUAUCUGCAAAGAGGAAAAUUUAAUUUUGAAUAAUGAACCUCACAAAUUUUAGGUAUACAAGGUAGCUUAAAAAAUCUUUCGGAAUGAUUGCCUUUCGCGUGAAAUGGUAAGAACAGACAAAACAUUGUACAUUAAAAUUUUUCAGCACUAGAAAUAAAAAUAUAAUAUAUUCAUUCUAAUAUUGCUCAAUUAAUUUUUACUUGAAGAUAAGUUGAUGCAGUUAAUUGGAUAGCAUCGAAUGUAAGAAAUUGCUUUUCCUUUAAAAUUUUCUGAGAAGCGUACCCAGUUAAUAUGCUCAGAUAUUAAAAAUAACAAUCUAAGAUGAAUUGUUACACAUUUCUUAAAUGUUAUAUUAAAAGUAGUUAUUUAAUUUUAAUCAAGGUGUAGCUGUAAUACCAUUGCUGUUCUUGUAGAUAAUGGACACUAUGUCAAGCUCUAAGUUGAGAUCUACCCCCCUUUUUUUAAAUUGGCUUCAAAAAUGGAAUUUGUUUGGGUAAUUAAGAUCCUUUUUUUGUUAAAAUCCAGGUCGAAAGGUCAACGAUUUAGAGCAGCUAUAAUUCACAGAGAGUACUAAUACUUAGGAACUAUAGAUAUCCAGCUUUAUAUGAAUCUCAAGAUUAUUAAACGAAUUUUCAAUCUUUCGAGCAAUGUAACUUUCCCAACAAGUAUUUUUUUUCUGCAGUUUUAAACUUUGAAUCCUUAUCGAUUUUCUGAUUUCAGAUACAACACAUAUGGUGCGGUUCAGCUCCUAUAUUGAUGAAAAUAACUGAUCUCUCCUUCGCUGAUAGCCAAGUUACUUUGACCAUGUUUUGGCAUCAUGACGAAUGCCCUUUUCGGCUUGGCUGGAAGCUAAGUGCAUAGCUACGCCCUUUAUAGCUUAGUGCCGCGUUAUUUAAAAAUACACAGAUAAAUUCAUUAAAGUUUAAAAUUAUCAUGAAGGCUUUCUUUAGCUUAGCAAUUUAACAAAUUUUUAAAGUAUUUAUAAUUAAAGUAUGGAAUGAUUGUCCUCAAAAUUCUAGUUGCAAAAUGCCGUGUCAGCAUUGGAAACCAAUGAAUAUUCUUUAAAUAGGAGCAAAUGACACAAAUGUUCUAUCAGUUUAUGCUUCCAGUACGAUUACUUUUAAUGAGAUAGCGGGCCGCAUAAAUAGCACUUUAGAACUGCCCACCACAGUGCAUUUUGAAAGCCUUAUUCGAAGAAUCUUUAAUCAUUACAUCAAAAUCCUCAGAGAACUACAGAGAAAUGCCAGAAACUUAAUAAACACUGGCAAAGUAUGUAGAAAUUCAAAGUGACAAUUGUGAACUAAUUAUGGAGUAAAUCAUUUUACUUUUAAUUGUUUUUCUAAAAUAUUCCGUGGAAUUUUUGAAGCUACCUCGUAGAACUCAGGUAUAUGUAAGAAUGUUAAUUCUUACUUUUGUAUAUGUUUAUUCAUCCUUUGCCAACAUAUCAUUUGCACUGAACGAGAUUUUCAAAGCUUGGAGUAAACUUCUUUCUUUUAUUUAACUUUUUUUAUGCACUGAAUGUUAUUUAGUUUCUGUGUUUCUAAAUGGGACUCAAUUUUUUUUAAACAUGAUUUUGUUAUUAACAACUAAAAAUGGAAUGUUUCAUGAAGGUUUCACAAAACUGCAGUUAUUUUAUAAUAAAACUUAGAUACACUUAAAUUUGUUAUUGAUAGCUUAUUUAAUGAUAAUCAUUUGUUUCAUCUGUUUUGUUUUAUUAAUAACCAAUUUCCCAUUCACUAUUAUUUUAUUAAUAAUCAAGUAUUAUUUAUGAUCUUUUUAUUAUAUUUUGAUUGAGAAAACGGCAGAACCCAUUAGACGAUUUAGCUUCGUAUAGUAAGUUAACACAGCCAGUAAUUACGAAUUAACGAAGCUUUUAUACAAGCAGGACAUAUGGCAAUUACUUUUUAAGACAAAAGCUGUUAGAUGAACUCCAUCAUCUUGUAAACAAUUUUCUCCUUGUGGCGGAAUACUUCGUCUUUAUUAGCAUCUGUACUGGAAGUGACACAGUGUUAAAACUUAAUAUAUUUGUUCAAUUUAUUAACGUAGUAAGAUUAUUCUUGUGACUAAUGACUCUUGUGACCCUUCUAAAUGAAUGUUGUGUCUGACUGAAUCCUAGUUUUUUAAAAACACUCCACAGCUGAUAUUCAAUGCUUGCACAACAGCCUCCUGUCCCCAGUUGUAACAGACGCAGCUGUAACAAUCUGAAUUAGUCUAUUUAAUACAUGCAUCCUCAAGAAGUUCGAUGUCGUCUAAUGAGUUCUGCCACACUCUGGAUUAUGAAAUAUUUGCUUGUAUUUUACAUGAGCAAAGUCAAAACUUUUGUUUCAAACAAUUUUGCUUAAUUUAUAUUUUGAAACCUUUCAUGUGAUCUUUCUAUCACAGAUCAAAGUGCGCAAGUUGAUUAAGAAGGUGCAUUUAAUCAUAUCUGGCAGCUUACGGUAUGUGUGUCUUUUAGCUUUCUAUAAACAGAUCAGUCUUUAGACACGUUUAGAAAGAUUUAGUGUUCCUUGUGUAAUGUUAUCGUGUAACACGAAGUUUUUGAAAUUGUAUCUUGUUGAUUUAUAUACGGUUUUAUAUUAAUGGAGUGUUUUUCCAAGUGACAUUUCUUCUGACAUUUGUAAACUUUCAGUCUUGCAGUUCACUACAAUCCUUAGAUUGUUCGUUUGAUAACAUUCAGACAAAAUAUGUAUUUGGAAUGUUUAUAAAUACCAGUGUUUUUCUACUAUUGAGGAAAUCUUUAAACAGAAUAUACAGUUAACAUUAACUGAAAUUUCCCUGAUUAACCAACACAUUUUACAUUAAACAUACUGAAGUGCUUUGGGCUAUCAAAGGAUGUUACCUAGUAUCCUAACAUUAAGGAAUUUUAGAAACUUCAAUUCCUGUAUUAUUUGCUCCUUCAUUAGUAAAUGGCUUGAAAAAUGGCAAUUAAUUCCCAGAAAUUCAAUAUUUUAUUAUAUAUAUUCAUAGUAUAAAAGUCUGUUAAUAUUUAAAUAUUUCAUUGAAAAUAUUCUUAGCUCCACUGCUUAUUUUUUUAUGUUGUUCUUCAGUUUUAUUCGAGUCUUCGGAUUUUAUUUAUCUUAAAUUAUCAUAAAAGUAAAGUACAGAUGAGCCAUAUAAUCGGUAAGAAAUAUGUUUAGUUGAAUAAAUAUUAAUCUCAAAUGACCGUUAAAUUUUACUAAUGAAUGAAGAAGAGCUUUGUAAUCAGCAAGGAUUACAAUAAUACAAAAAAUUGCAUUUCGCUCGAAUAAAUACAAUUUUUUCCCAUUGAAGGGAAGGGGACUCUAGAUGGUGAGAAGCAUAAUUUACUUGAAACUGUAUUAAACCUAAAUCAACAUAAAAGCUUAUUAAUUUACUAUGAACUUUAUUUCGCUUGAAAGUGUGGUUGGCUCAAAUUACUAUUAAACGUCUUUUGUUAAAUAAGUACUAAUCUUGUCAUUUAUAAAAAAAUAUUGAUAUUUAUUGAAUUGCUAAGAAAAUUAUAAUUGGCGGUUUUUUACUCGAAAUAUCCAAGCAAACAAUAACCACCAACAACAAUAAUAAUACUUGUAAAAUUAUUAGUUUUUAAUAAUUAAAAUAAUAUAAAGAAAUAUUAGAAAUAAAACAAGCUCAGAAUACUUCAAAAGUCAUAAAUCUAUUAUUUAAAAAUAAAACGUCAUUUUGCAGAACGCUAAAUAACAGCUUGAAGUAAGAUUUAAAGUAAACUUCAGAAAUUACUGAAAUCUGAUUGAAUGAGAUUUGAGAUCACAUUCUCUUUACUUGUUUGUUUUUUACUUCCAAAAUUUAUUAUGACUGUUUUAAUUAUUUAUUAUGUAUUGUUUAUAUUCCUUAUACAUUUAUAUUUCAAAAUUUGUUAUUUAUUAAAUUUUCAAAUACAGUAAGUUAACUAAGCAAACUGCAGUGUUAAAAAUAUGAGGAAAAUUCUUAGUUUAAAAUAAACAGAGAAGUUUUCAAUUUCAUUCCAUAAAACAGGUUCUAAACUUAAUUUUCACAUUCCAAAAUCAAUAUAAUAUAUUAAAUAUUGAUUAAAAAAUAAGGCACAUUUCAAGUUUAGAAUUGAAUAGCAAUAUGUAAUUAAAACUAACACAUUUAUUUAAAAAAUAUUAAAAAGUAAAGCAUUGAUUAGAAUUAUUAUCGCAAUGUGUAUGUUUAAUUUUUUCCCUAAAUUAAUAUUAAACUAUGAAUUAACCUCCUUGUUUAAUUUGUAAGCAUGAAUAUAAACGUUUUUCACUUUAUUUCCUUGAGACUACGUCCAUUGAAUGAUCUUAAUCAAUCCAAGGAUAAUGCCAGUUUCUUCCUUCCUAUACAGUCCUCGUGAUAUCAAGGUCACGAAAGACCUACUCUCGCGUAGAAAAACACUGGUAAAUUAGAUCAAGUAAUUAGUGUGUGUAAUGGGUCUACUGUCUGCCAAAACAUACCAAUCUGUUACUGGAGUGAUGUUUACUAUUCUCCAGGAAUGUAGGAGAUUUUGUACAAAAAUUGAGAAAUAAAAGGCGUGUAGAAAAUUAA